UAAAACUAAGAUCCAUGAUCUGAGCAACCAGUCAGAUGUCAGGAGAGCGCGUGCGUCAGUAAUCAGGAAGUGGCUUGGAGCUUGGGCUUGCUCAUACUGGAGAUUGCUGUUUGUUCGCAGAUCUAAGUACUGCUGCUACUGCUCUUUGCACAGAAACUUAAUGAUGGCCGUGGACUGGAUAGGAUUCGCCUAUGCCGCAGCCAUUGCCUUUGGAGGUUUUAUGGGAUACAAAAGAAAAGGAAGUGUAAUGUCGCUGAUGGCUGGUCUGGUGUUUGGUGGACUGUCUGCAUAUGGUGCUUUCAACCUCUCCAAUGACCCCAAGGAUAUCAAGAUUCUGCUGGUGUCUUCUGGGCUUCUCUCGAUCGUGAUGGGAAUGAGAUACAAGAAAUCAGGGAAAUUAAUGCCUGCUGGUAUAAUGGCAGGUCUGAGUUUAUUCAUGGUGUUUCGAUUGCUGCUUCUUAUCAUCAUUUGACCAGAAAAAGGCUGGAGUGAAGGCUUCAUAUCUGUACAGGCCAUCUUGAGAAAAAGAAACCAUUCCGCCAAAAGCAUUUCAUUUUAAAUAUGUGACCAACAGGGUUGAAACAUGCAGUGAAAGGAAGCCUAUGCACUACUUAGACAGCAAGUUAUUGUUUUUUUUUCCCCAGGUUGACAUUGUUUUUAAUAAUAAAUGUUGUAAUACAGAAAUAUUAAAUAAAUGAUUUUUAUAUAAAGACAA